AUGCCCAGCCCGCCCAAGGACCGCCCCGCCGGCCGCCUCGGCCGCCUCAUCUCCGCGCUCCGCCCCGCGCGCGCCGGCCCCCUCCCCGUCCAGACCGGCUUCCCCACCUCCCUCGCCGACCUCUUCGUCAAGAACCAUGGCCGCCUCAAGAAGCAGGGCCCCUCCUCCGGCAGGCGCAAGAGGCGCGGCGCCCCCCCUUUGCCUUCCUCCGAGCCCUCUCCCCCGCCUCCCUCUCCUCCACCCCCGCCGGCCGCCGUCUGCCCGCCGUCGGCCCAGCCAAGGCCCGACCUUCCGCGGGCGGAGCCCGUCCGCCGCCCCGGAGGCGGGGCCGCCGGCCUCGGAUUGGGGUUCCUCGCGCUCGUCGGCGUGGCGUCCCUCGCCCUCCUCGUGAUCUGGAGCAGGAAGGUGGUUGCGGCCGUCACCGUCGCCGCCUUCUCGCUCUUCCUGCUGGAAUCCGUCAGGGCGUCCUCGCUUCGCCGGCGGCCCCGGCCCCCGGCGCCCACCGCGGAGCUGGAUAUCGACGACGGCCGCGGCUACGUCUCGCCGAUCCGGGAGCUGGCGGGGGAGCCGGAGCCGCUGGGAUCGAGCUUCUCCGACUCCGGCAGGGGGAUCAGCGCCUCCAUCCUCGGCAUUGACGAGAGGAGCGAGGCCGGCGAGGAUUCGUGCGUCUGGGAGCCGAAGCCGAGGAAGAGGUCGCCUUGGAGGAAGCUGAUCCCCAGGAAAUUGCAGAGAGGCCGGAAGAUUGGCAAGGAGUCCGGCUCCCUGUCAAGUUCUUUCCGGUCAAGCUCUUUCCGCAGCGAGGUCAGCGUAGCGGACUCCACGCUCGGCGACAAUGCCGGGGCGACGGAUCCCCCGGACUCUCGCCGCGGCAGACGCAGCCAAGCGAACGCCAAGGCGGAGGCCGCUGCCAUCGGAUCGCGGGACUCAUCGGGCCCUCUCCGCCUUGGCAUGCUUGACGGCAUCAAAUCGCGCGACUCAUCGGGCCCUCUCCGCGGCAUGGGUGACGGCGCGGACGCCGCCACCAAAUCGCCGGAUUCGUCGUGUCCUCUCCGCGACACGGGCAACGGCGGUGCGCGUGCGCCGAUGGGAAUCGCCGGGGCGGACGGCGUAGGGGGAGGGGGAGGCCAGUUCCCCUUGGUAGCUGUGACCGUGGUCGUCCUCGUCGGCCUGGCCGCCGGGAGGGUCCCGGCCGUGGCGCUCACCGUGCUUUGGUCCGCGCUGGUUGGCUGGCUUCAGAGAUUGCGGCGGGACGGCGAUGGAUGGUUGAUGCAAGUAAAUUAG